AUGAAUUUUUUACAAUUAUCAGAUAAAAUUGUUGAUGAAAAAGCUGCCGUAAAAUUCUUCCAAAGUCAUGGAAUAAUUCCUGAAGAAAAAGAAUGCAGCAAGGGACAUCAAAUGAAAAUGCAGUUUGGGAAGCAGGUUCAUUGGAGAUGCUACAUUAAAAAAUGUAGAGAAGAAUCUGGAGUACGAAUUGGCACCUGGUUUUAA